AUGUGGAUUAUUGUUUUAUUACUACUACUACCAUUUAUAAGUUGCAGUCAAUUGGCUCCAUUAUUAAUAGCAUCUCAUAAAUUAGUACCUGACCUAAAGACUGAGGUUAGUGAAUCAAAUAUAGAAACACAUAAUGUUACUUCAGUAACGAACUUAAUAAAGAAAUUGGUAACUCAAUGUUCAUCAGAUGCUUAUUUGAUUGUUGAUGUACCUGGAUUAACUUAUCAAGAUUUAACAGAUAAACAAAAGGAUAGAUGGCCAUUUUUGAUUAAUUAUUUAUACAUGUCAUCUACUAUUGUUGGAUUACCCAGAGUUGAGCCAGGCUUAGAUUUAGGUCAUAUUGAAGAAUAUAUAAUAAAUACGUGUGAAGCAGAAACUAUAUCCAAUGAAUUGGAUGAUUAUUAUGAUAUUAGAACAAGAGUUAUAAGAUUAACAGACUCCAAUCCUGAUGAAUUAAUGAGAAAGAUAUUAAGAAAAUUACCAUCACCACAUUAUACAAUUAUUUUAACUUCAACUUCUCCAGGUUUUACUCAUCCAAUACCAGAUUCAGUAAUGGAAAGACAACCACAAAAUUUUGAAAUUUUUAAUGAUAUAGUAAACAACCCAAAACAUAAUGGAGGAGUUGAAAAAAAUGAUCGUUUCCAUAAAGUAGAACCAAAUUGGAAUCCUAUAAGAGAUAGUAACGAGAGAUACAAGACAAAUAAAAAAAAGGAUGAAAUUCAUUUAUUUGAUUAUGAAUUAUGGACAAAAAAUGAAAAAUUAAUAAUUACAAUAUUUAUAAUGUUAAUAACUUUGGCUUUUUUGAAAAUUCAUUCUAGUAUAACACUGGCAUCAAAAUAA